AGGCAGACACCUUCAGGUCCACAGCAUGGAACAGAUCAAACCCAUGGUAAACUAAAAUGUUGGACAGCUCAUGUGGUACCCGGACUUUCACUCUUUGUAAACGAAGUGCGUGGUUCGAGUAACCGUGUUGACCUCCUGAACUCACGUUUUCCCUGGACCCACCCGGUCCCGCCCCCCAUGAGUCUCUGGUCACUGGCAGUGCCGACAGCAUUAAUAGCACAGAGUCUAGCUCUGUGCAGAAGAACUGAAAUUGGUGUAGGACAAGAUGGCAUUCCUUCACUCGGCGCUAGCGUUCCUGCUGCUGUCCGUAAUCCAGCAGUCUGCAGGGUUUUGGCUUUUCAAUGUUAUUUUCCCUCCCACUGCAAAACCACAUACUGCAACCAACAGCACUCCGCCGGUUAUCAUAGUUCCUGGAAAUUUGGGAAAUCGGCUAGAGGCAAAGAUUGACAAGCCAUCUCUUGUGCACUGGAUGUGUUACAAAAAAACAGAUGACUUUUUCACGCUCUGGAUAGAUCUGAACAUGUUCAUGCCAAUUGGCAUAGACUGUUGGAUUGACAACAUCAGGAUUGUGUACAACAGGACCACACGAAAGACGUCCAAUGCUCCUGGUGUGGAGGUGAAGGUUCCUGGCUUUGGGCAGACGUACCCAAUUGAGUUUCUGGACACAAACAGAUUAGCAGGUUAUUUCCACACCAUGGUGCAGCAUCUGGUCAACAUGGGCUAUGUUCGUAAUGAGACCGUUCGGGCAGCUCCUUAUGACUGGAGGAUUGCCCCAAACGAACAGGAGGACUACUUCAACCGGUUACGGGACCUGGUCGAGGAGAUGCAUGACACGUACCAGCAGCCGGUCCAUCUGCUUGGCCACAGCAUGGGCAGCAACUACAUCUUGGUCUUCCUGAACCAGCAGAGCCAGGAGUGGAAGGACAAGUACAUCAACAGCUUCAUAUCCCUGGGUGCUCCGUGGGGAGGGGCCGUCAAGCCCCUGAGAGUGCUGGCGUCAGGUGAGAAUGAUGGCAUCCCUCUGGUGUCCAACAUAAAGAUCCGAGAGGAGCAGCGCAUGACGACCACCAACCCAUGGAUGAUCCCCUUUGAGGAAACCUGGCCAAAGGACCACGUGCUCAUAUCCACCCCAUCCUUCAACUACACCAACCAGGACUACAAGCGCUUCUUCCAGGACAUCAACUUCGAGGACGGCUGGCACAUGUGGGAGGACACCAGGAACCUCACGGCAGGGCUGCCAACACCAGGCGUGGAGGUCUACUGCUUCUACGGAGUGGGGCUCCCGACACCGGUCACCUACGUGUACGACGAGGAGUUCCCCAACGCCGACCCCGUGGACAUGCUCUACGACGACGGCGACGACACGGUGGACAGUCGCAGCAUGAGUCUGUGCAAGCGCUGGGUGGGUCAGCAAGAGCAGCCGGUCCACGUGAAGGAGCUGCGGGGACUGCCCCACCUGGACAUGGUCUUCAACAGCCGGGUCCUGCUCAUGCUCCAGAGGAUCCUCGAGGGGAAGGACAUCGACGACGUGUACCGGGCGUACGACUUUUACCCCACGCGGGCACCUCGGCCUCAGAACAUGAGCCUGUCGCCCACGGAUGAGCCCCCCCUCUCCCCACCCUAGGCCAAGCUUGCGUGGUGAUGGAGGCAGACAAAGCGUUUAAUGUAGAGUACAUACCUGCCCAUCAUGAGUGCACAUGGAAGGGCAAAUAUUAAAGGGACACUUCACUGAUUAGCAUUAAAGGGACACUUCACUGAUUAGCAUUAAGCUUUGUAUCUUUAGAAAACCAGUCAUGUUUUUGAAUGGUCGUGCAUCAUUCCCUCAGUUUGUCUUGAGAUGGGAGAAAUAAGGAUUUCCAUGUUGGACUUCCUGCUUUCAAUGAUGUAAAAAUCAUCAUUUUACAUCAUUGAAAGCAGGAAGUCCUAUUCAUGGGUUUCAUUGAAAUCCGUAUUUCUCCCAUCUCAAGGCAAACUGAGGGACUGAUGCACGACCAUUCAAAAACAUGACUGGUUUUCUAAAGAUACAAAGCUUAAUGCUAAUCGAUGAAGUGUUCCUUUAAUGCUAAUCGGUGAAGUGUCCAUUUAAAGAGUGUUUAGAGAGUAAUCUGGUAACUCAGUGGCGAAAAUCACACACAUCACAUCAGCGAGACAGCCGUUCAUAAGCUGGAAAAAAGGUUCCUGCUCUGUAUAGACUCUUUAAGCCUCAAGCCUUCAGUUGUACAGUAUGUAUUACUUGUGGUGUCUUUCCGUUAUGUUUUGAAGAUGGAUAUUUUAGGUACCUAAAAUCCAAAUUGUUUCUUUUUUAUAGUGUUUGUGAAUUUAUUUGUAUUUUAAUUAAGUAUACAACAUUUUUGUAUAUAUAUGGACUUUUAUAUGACUGGAUGUUUUAGGUUUGACCUGAUGAUUCUUCAUGUGAUUGACUCCAGGCUGUAGUGCAAACGUUAUGGGGUGUGGAUUGGUUGCACCAAACAGCUGAAAUAAAAUGUGAUGAAAAUAACAUUAA